AUCACUUUUCCCCAGUAGGGGGCAGCAGUUAGUCAUUUUAAAAUCUGACUCACCUGUGCCUUCCAUGCUUUCAGGGUGGAAACAUUGUCAUCGAAUUACACACAUUGAAUGGUUUGUGGUGUCAGGAAGUCAUUUCAGAAAAUGAAUCCAAUAGUUUCAUGUAUCAGAGGGAAGAACUACAGGCGGUGAAAUCUGCUCAGUUUGGUGUUUGGAGGAGCUGUAAUGCAUCAUGUGGAUGAUCCUGUUCCCUGUGCUGCUUAUUUGUCUUCCACAAUGCAGUCAAAGUGGACACUUGCUUCGCUUUUUGACCUUCUGUCAAAGGGACGUGCCCAGAGACGGCCAGUACGAUAUUGAAUUCGAUGGGGAUCAGCUCCUCUUCGUUGACCCCGUCACCUAUAAGACAGUUCAGCGUCUGCCCGAGUUUGCAGAGCAGUGGACCCCUGAUCCUGGACUGGGUGAAGACACAUACGUGUCCGUCGGUACCUGCAAGUACAACAUCCCACGUGCCAUAAAGGGAGAAAAGAAUCCUCCAGAGGUCAUAGUUAGUCCUACCUCCCUGAUCUACCCAAGGCAGGAGAUGGAGCCUGGAGUCCCCAACAUCCUCAUCUGCUUUGUCAACGAAUUCCAUCCCCCUACAGUUGAGAUCACCUGGACCAGGAACGGGCUGCCGGUGGACCAGAGUGACAUCAGUCAGACCCAAUACUACUCCAACAAGGAUUUCAGCUUUCGCAUCUUGUCCUACUUGAGCUUCACUCCUGAGGAGGGCGACAUCUACUCCUGCAGUGUGGAUCACGUCAGCCUGCAGGAGCCUCUCAUCAGGUUCUGGGAGGUUGAAGAACACACAGACCAGCAGGCUGUAGAGACAGCGGUGUGUGUUUGUGGUGUGAUCCUGGGGCUGAUUGGAGUUGUCACAGGGCUCUGGUUCAUCCUGAAAGCCAACAAGUUCUGCCAGGCGUAACAAUCAUCAAGACAAACACCUAAAUUUCGAUGUCAGAUGUGUCAUCAUCUUCCAGAUGGAUUUGUCAUUUAAAAAAAAGAAAGAAAUACCUGCAAUGUUUUUUAUGUCUUCUGUUUUUCAUCUCUGCAACAACAUUGUCUUUUAAAAGACUAUCAACAGAUGAUACAAAUAGUUUAACACAUGUUCCUUCAUUUUGCAAUAGAAUGUAUUAAUAUAUAAGAAAAUGUAAUGCUUCAGGCAUGUUUUGCCAUAUUGUAGCAUAGUAAUGGCUUUGUAUCUCAUUGUGUAUGUCAUGUAUAAAUAAAACACAUGAAGGGAAGUUGAAAAUGUCUGUUCCGGUAUUUUAUACUGUAUGUCAAAGUACAUG